AUGCAGAAUCUCACGAAACGAUCAUUUGAUUCGACGAUUAUUUACGCUCGAUAUAUUCGUUUACCGACAGUCAAUUCCAGUGAAUUCGCACCGAUCGGUACACCGAUUACUCAAUUUUUAGAUGUUUUACCGGCAUCAAACUGGGAGUUUACAUUCCUGACUCAAACGCUGAUUAAAUCCUAUUUUCUAUUAGAUAAUCUCAAAGGUACAAUAACAAUCAAACGUCGUCUCGAUCGAGAGAGUUUGUGUCAAUUAAAUCUCUGUUCCUGCUUAGCGGAAUGUCUGAUAAAACUUGAAAUCAACGCGAUCAGCAACACCUCGACACACAUUUUAUCAUUACCAUUGAGUAUCAUCGAUGAAAAUGAUAAUCAUUGUUAUUUCUCCAAUGAGAUUUUUUACAUAAAUCUCAAUGAGAACAUUCGGAUUAACACCAGAAUUAUUCUACCUGUCGCUUACGAUCCAGAUUUACCACCAAAUAACAUUCACUCGUAUGAGUUUUUGAACAACAAUCAUUCAGAAUUCCAGUUGGAAAAUCAUUUACCACCAACGAUGAUCGUCACGAAACAGUUGGAUCGAGAAUUACAUGAUGAAUAUCAGUUUAUUCUUUGUGCUAAUGAACAGACACGACCAUGUUGUACGAAAAUUAUCGCGAAAAUUACGGAUGUGAACGAUAAUACACCGAAGUUCGAGCAUGAAGAACAAUCUCCAUGGAGAAUUAACGUUUCCGAAUCCACACCGAUCAAUACUCAGAUCGUGCAAAUCAAAGCAGUUGAUCCCGAUGAAGGUCCGAAUGGAGAAAUCAGAUACAGUUUUUCGAAAUGGACAUUGGCCGACCGAACAAUCAGUGAAAUAUUCCAAUUGAAUCCUGAAACAGGUUCGAUUUUACUCUUGAAAGAAUUGGAUUAUGAGAAACGAACGAACUAUCAACUACAAAUACAAGCGAAAGACAUGGGAUCGAAUGCUUUAUCAUCAUAUACAACAUUGUUUAUACAGAUUAUCGAUGAAAAUGAUUGUACUCCUGAAAUAUUCAUUUUCUCACCACCGGAGAUUGAAGUACUUGGCAAUUCAUCGAUUAAUAUCAUGGAAAAUAUUCCCGUGAACACUUCGAUACUUUACUUAACCGUUUCUGAUUGCGAUUCAGGCGAGAAUGGCCGUGUCACUGUGGAAUUGAUUUCGUCGUACGCAUUUAUUCGAUUACAACAGAUCAAUAAUAAUACGUACAUGUUUUCGACAAAUACGCUCUUCGAUCGAGAAGAAAAGUCGUCGUAUUCGUUCUCUGUGAUUACGUAUGACCAUGGGCAACCAAGUCAUUCAUUUGUGAACACUUUUCGAUUAGAUCUUAUGGAUAUCAAUGAUUGUUCUCCGUAUUUUGAUCCAUUGACGAAUUAUACAUUUGUGAUCGAUGAGAAUAAUCAAGAGAAUUUUGUUUUGAAGACAAUCCAAGCGUUUGAUCUGGACGAAAACGAUCGAAUUUCGUUCAAACUUGGAUUUUCAUCGGAAAACGAAGAGAAUCUCUUUCGUCUCAAUGAUCAAAACCAACUUGUCAUCAUCAAAAUUCUCGAUUAUGAAGUUCAGUCAUCAUAUCAUUUCAACCUUACAGCUGAAGAUCUCGUUGGACAUCGAACAACCAUUCCGAUCGAUAUUUAUCUCAAUGAUGUGAAUGAUAAUCCGGUAAGAUUCCCAACGAAUUUCACUCAAAUUGCGAUUUCUUAUCACGAACCUCCGGGGACGUUUCUCGGUCAUGUUCAAGCGAUAGACAAAGAUCAAAAUUCUCAAAUAGCGUACAAUCUGCGCCCGAAAUCGAUGGCAAAUGUAAUCGAAUUGAGACCAAAUGGUAGUUUUUAUACAAAACGAAAGUUUAAUCGAUACGAAUCCUAUCAAUUCGACAUUCUCGCAAACGAUUCGUUGUACUCCGAUGCAAUUCGUAUUGAAAUGUUAAUCGACGAUCGACCAGUGCUAAAAACUCCAUCACCAUACUGUUUCCCUUGGCAAAAAAGCAAUCCCAUCCGAAUUCAGCUGGAAGCGUCAACCAAUGUUUCAUUUUCCAUCCAAAAUUCAUCAUCUUCGGACGUCAUUCUUCUUCCUAAUGGAAUUUUACUUGUAAAACCUUGGAUACGAAACUAUUCGAUGGAUAUCCAUCUUCGAACGACGAAUUCGUCGACAAUAGUCAAGAAUUUUCUUCUUCAAAUUCAACCAGAAUGCCAAACGAAUGAACGAAAUCGAGUUCACUUAGUCAUUCUAAUCCUUUGUAUAAUAAUUAUUGUAAUUACAGUGACGACUUAUCGAUGUUUACAACGAAGAAGACUCUUGGAGAAGAAAAUCAAUUUAACACCCUCGUCGUUUUCUUCCUCGUUGAAUGAUACAUUAUUUUUCUCAUCUUCAUCACCACAAUUUACUGCCAUGACAAUAGUUUCUUCGAAUUCAUCAUCAACGCACCAACAAACGAACCCAUCGUCAUCGUUAUCAAGUUCGACUUCGUCAACUUACAUUAAAAUGAGUCGAUCAUUCGAAGAAGAAAUGAUCUAA